AUGCGGAGUUGGAAAGUCGGCCAAUCCUUCGUAAAGUCUAUGAGGUCUUUCAAGACCAGGGAUUCUUAUUUUAAAAGCAACGUCUUCCUCCCUCCAGAGAAGAGAGAUAGAGAGACAUUAAAUCCUCAACAGCCAACUUCAUACAGACUCUUUCUUCAUCAAAGUGUCGGCACAAUGGUAUCUCGGAGUAUCCUCGCCCUCUGCCUUGCGGCAACCGUUUAUGGUCAUGGUGACCACGACGACCACCAAAAGUCCAUGUCUGGGCCUCACCAGUCUCUCUGGUACAACACCCUUCCGGGUGAUGGAGGCACUCAGGCCGACUCCGUGUUCUCUGGCAUCUCUACAUUCGGUCGUCUACCGUACCAGCCGUGCCUGGCACAACAGAAUGUUCAAUACGAUAUUGCCUUCAUUGGUGCCCCCUUCGACACCGGCACGUCGUACCGCCCUGGUGCCCGUUUCGGACCCUCGGGUAUCCGCCAGGGUUCGCGCCGUUUGAAUCUCUACGGAGGUUACAACGUGCCCUUGGCCACGAACCCUUUCAACAGCUGGGCUACCGUCCUUGACUGCGGUGACAUCCCGGUGACUUCCUACGACAACACCUGGGCUCUCCACCAAAUUGAGGAGGGCCACUUCAACAUCCUGUCCCGCAAGCCGCAGACGGACGCACACAAGAAGGGCCCUGCGAAGAACGAACGGACCCUCCCCCGUGUCAUCACUUUGGGUGGCGACCACACCAUCACCCUUCCCCUGCUGAGAUCCAUCAACCGCGCAUACGGCCCCGUUUCUGUCAUCCAUUUCGACAGCCAUCUCGAUACCUGGCGGCCCAAGGUCUUCGGCGGCUCGCCUUCUGAGGUCGCCAGCAUAAACCACGGCACAUACUUCUACCACGCCGCCCAGGAGGGUCUGCUGCGUAACGACUCCAACAUCCACGCCGGUAUCCGCACCACACUCAGCGGACCCAGCGACUACGAAAACGACGGCUACUGCGGCUUUGAAAUUGUCGAGGCGCGCGAGAUUGACAAGAUUGGCACCGACGGCAUUAUCGAGAGAAUUAUCAAGCGUGUCGGCACCAAGAACCCCGUGUACCUGUCUCUGGACAUUGACACCCUCGACCCUGCUUUCGCCCCCGCUACCGGUACCCCUGAGACUGGUGGCUGGUCCACGCGUGAGCUCCGCACUAUCCUUCGUGGUCUCGAGAGCCUUAACCUUAUUGCUGCCGACAUUGUCGAGGUUGCUCCUGCCUACGACACGAAUGCCGAGCACACCACCAUGGCCGCCGCCGACGCUCUGUAUGAGAUCAUGAGCAUCAUGGUCAAGCGAGGCCCCCUGAGCGCCACCUACAACGGAACCGAGUCUACCUCGGAUGAGUUGUAA